CGCCUCCUGUCUCCUCGUUUACAACUCAGUGGCUUUGACUUGCUUACAUCAGCGAAUUUGAGGCACUGCUAUUGGAGGGCGAUUUUUUUCCACCGUCCUCGUACGUCUCCUGAUCUGCGCGUCAGUUUGACCGGGAAUAACCUCCCUAAUCAGCGGGGCUCAUCAGGUCUGCAGCUGCAGGGGAAGGAGGGUGUCAGUUACCACCAGCAGGACCGUGUUCAACUGCGAUCGAUGGGCUUGUUUUGUGUUUGUUCCGUAUGCACACCGAUUUAUCAGUUAAACCCUACCGAAUGGAACACGCUGUUUUCAUCUUUGUUCAAAUCUACAAAAUCCUUUAUAGAAACUCGACAAUUCGCGUGGACUCAAUUCCACGCAGAGCCUUUGCUUUGGCUGCCCAAGAAAUUAUCUGUCUGAUGUGAUGGAUCAAGUCAGAUUGAGGAUUUUUCGCUGCUGCUUUUUCAGUUUUCGUCUGGAUUAUUAAUUGUAUGCACUUUCAAAAAACGGAACCUUUCUCGAAGCUAUUGUUGGCCUUGUAUUUACACAGCUAAAAAGUUACACUUGUCGCUGCUGAAUUGUUUACAAUACACUCAAACUAUCCAGUCCAGGCCUUGACGCCGGGUGAACUCCAAAAAGACAAUGGCAGCUUUUGGUUCCAAUGUGCUCUUGUCUGCGACAAGAUCCAGGGGAUCAUACCUCCUUACCCAGAGACACCAUUGCCCAUAUUUCCCUUCCACGGCAGCACUCCACUACCACCACGAACACUCAAAUAGGACUUUUUCUGUAACUAAAAGGAAUCUCAAAUCUCCAUACAUUCAUAGCGCUCUGCCUCACUUACGGACUAGUUACUUAUCCUCUCGUGCACUGCACGGGUCGUGCUGCUGGCGUCAAGAAGCGAAACCGGCAGGGCCUAGUGAUAACAGUACUGUAAAGGAGGACCCAGCUCCUGCCCCGGCGCCCGAGAAAGCUGUGGUGAAAAAGUCAUUGAGACAGAAAGUAGUGGACGAAAUUAAACAUUACUAUAAUGGAUUUCGGCUGCUGGGGAUCGAUACCAAGGUCGCUGCCAGGAUGGGCUGGAGGUUAUUGCAUGGGCAGCAGCUCACCAGAAGGGAGAGGAGAAGGCUGCUGAGGACCUGUGCAGAUCUUUUCCGUCUUGUCCCGUUCACAGUCUUCAUCAUCGUCCCUUUUAUGGAGUUCCUGCUGCCUGUGUUUCUCAAGCUUUUCCCAGAGAUGCUGCCUUCGACCUUUGAGACGCAAUCAAAGAAGGAAGAGAAACAGAAGAUACAGCUGGCCGCCAAACUGGAACUGGCCAAGUUUCUCCACGAAACCAUUGCAGAGAUGGCCAGGAGGAACAAAGCCCAAACGGCUGAAACGCAAAAGUUUUCAACUUACGUACAGAAGGUUCGACACUCAGGGGAACAGCCUGCCACCCAGGACAUUGUGAGUUUCUCCAAACUCUUUGAGGACGAGCUGACCUUGGAGCACCUAGAGCGCCCCCAGCUGGUUGUGCUGUGUAAACUGCUGGAGCUGCAGCCCAUCGGCACAAACAACCUGCUGAGAUUCCAGCUCCUCUUGAAGCUGCGCAAUAUCAAAUCCGACGACGAGAUGAUCGCUCAGGAAGGUGUGAAUUCUAUGAGUGUGGCAGAGCUCCAGACGGCCUGCAGGAUCCGUGGGAUGAGAUCACUGGGCGUGACGGAAGACCAGCUCCGGCAACAGCUCAAACAGUGGUUGGAGCUCCAUCUGAAGGAGAACGUGCCUCCCUCUCUUCUGCUGCUCUCUCGUGCCAUGUAUCUGACAGAUGUCUUGCCAGCCCCUGCCGUCAUCCCAACACUGCCAAAACUGGAAUCCAUUCAACUUGCUAUAACUCUGGAAGCCCCAGUCAAAGACAAAACAAAGGCACCUGAAAUCCUGGUUGACCCAGCCCCACUAAUUAAGGGUAUCAAGGGAGAGGAACUGUUGGAAAAACCCACUGAGACUUCAAAAGAGCCUUUAAAACCUGAAGUUGUAACUCUUGCCAAAGCUGUGGAAGAAUCACAAAAAAGCACAAAAAAAGUCAGUGCUAAUGGAAUUUGAAGGCAGGAUGCAUGUUCGUUAAUUGGCCUAUUGGAUGAAAUUAUGGAAAGAAACAAAAUGAAUAAAUAGUAUUUUAUAGAAAAUCUCUUCCCCAGGGUGCUUUUAUGAGUGUUUUGAGUAUACAGUAAAUUUUCCAGUUUCGUUCGGAAAGAAUGCUUGGAGGUUUACUGCUUGGCAGCUUUUUUUUUUAUUAUUUAUUUUUUUCCUGUUUGCAACCGUCCAAAACUAGUAACUGAACUGUUCUGUUUAAAACUGUUUUAUAUAAUUUGAAAAUGAAACCUGGUGCGUAAUCAGUUUUUUUUUAAAGUGCCUAAAGUAAUAGUGGAAUUCUAAAACCAUAUCCACAAUGUAUCUAUGUUGAUAACCGCUAAAAUCAGUUAAGUUCAGGAUCUAUUCAAUUGAUCUGAAAUGUGGCAGGUCCAAAUACCACCGUAAUUUAAAUUGUUAAAAAAAAAAAUCAUGAUCUCUAACAGUGUGUGUGAGACUCUCUUUUAUUUUUUAUAAGUAACUCACUUUGGUUGUAUGAUGUUUAAACAGUGCCAAGAAUUAGAUCUUCCAUUGUUUAGAUCAUUGCAACACUCUGGAUUUCUAGCCACGUGUGAGGGCUGUAUUUGAAAACCUUUUUUUCCCAAUGAAAGAACGCUAGCUAUGUGAAAAUGGCUUCUGAUUAUACCCCAGACUUCAAGAUCCUACUCUGAUGUAGCUGCACUAACAUAUAUGUAUAUUUUGUAAAUUAUAGUGAAACUAUAUAAAUGAAUUAUCCUAAAGCAUAAGCACUGUGUUCUGCAGCCAAGUGUCUACAUACCUCCUACUAAAAAACAACAAAACUCCUGUAACUGUAUCUCAUGACUCCUAAAUGUAUAGUGAAACAGGAAGAUCAAUCAAUCUAUUUUAUAUAGCGCCUUUCAUAGUGGACCACUAUCACAAAGCGCUUUACAAGAUGCUCUAAAGUGCUUUGUCAUUUGUAUAGUUGAUGGGGUUAAAUGUCAUCCCUUUUAGAAUCUUCAAAUGUAAAGGGUAAAGUCUGUUUUAUAUAAAUUAUAUAAACAUGGAGAUAUGUCCGUCAUUUCCCUUGUCCUCGAUGAGCUUUACUUGUUUCUGUUUUCUUGAAUUUAAUCUCUAAAGAGAACUGUUCAAACAGUCGAGACGGAAAACACUUUUGUUAGGGGUGUAUAUGGUUGAUCUAAAUACUGUACAUCUGAGAAAGUAGCUUCAAAUUACAUUGUAUCCUGUUACGAUGCUUGGAAUCAUAGACUGGUUCUUAUUGCAGUUACACAAGUAUUCUGUAGUUAUUUAGAAGGUGCUGUGAUAAUGAGUUCAGGAGCUGCUCUUGCGGUCCAGUUACUAUAGGCAUAUGUAUUGUAAGCUUGAUCAGUCGAAGUGUCUUUAUAUUACUAAGAGUCAGCACCUCCAAGUGUAAAGCAGUGUAUUGCCAGCAAAACAAAAGGACAUUUUUAUAGUUUAUCUAUGGCAGGUAACUAGAACUCAAGAGCAGCUUCUGGACUUCUGUGAAAGGACCUAACACUGACUUGUCCAAUGGUAUUGUAAUAAGAACUGCUCAGUCAUUGCAAAACAACAAAAGAACACCUAAGUAAAUGAAAUUGAAAUCUGCUUGCCUAAUGAAUUGGUCCUCCAUGGUAUUCUACAGAAGUACACCAAAGAUUGACCUAUGUACUGUUAAGAUGUUUUUCAUAUUUUUGGUGCACAUGUUUGUUGACAGUUGUGUGCAAAUAUAUUUACAGAAUAUUUGUCUUCAUUUACUUUUGUACAUUAUAUAUAGUGAAUAUGAAUAUCAAAUAGGAUAACAAAAAUAUU